CAUCUACCUGAUGAUGGUGAGGGAUGGUGUGACCUUCCUGUGUGGAAUCCCGGGAAUACAGAGGACGGGGACAUCUCUCUGGUGGGUUCCUGUAGCUGGAUGACUCCACCAUGGUGUCCUGGUACAGAUCUUUGUGUUCUUUUAGAAGCUCUGACUCCUCCAUCCCCCCAUCCUCAUCCUCCUCCUCUUUUAUCUCUUCUUUAACCUCAACUUUUAGGAUCUCUCAGGUUUCCACUCUGAAUAUAUAAUAAAAAAAAUGACCUUCCUGUGUGGUGACUGGAUCCAUCUGUAGGAAACACACACACUGACUGAAUCCAUUGUUUCUAUGUGUUUAUCAGAUGAUGGGGGAUCUAGGUGGAUCCUCCGUACUGCUC